AUGAAUCGAAGGGACGCAAAUCUGGCGUUGCGAGGACGAAUUGUCACUUUACGCGACAAUAGCUUCAAGAUACGACCCAUUGCACGUGAUGUUGGUGUGUCCCCCACCACGUGGCCCGCCCGCCCCGGGGACCUCGGCGGGCCCAGUGGCCCGCCCGCCCGGGGACCUCGGCAGGGCCAGUGGCCCGGCCCGCCCCGGGACCUCGUGGCCCAGUGUUUCCCGCCCGCCCGCCCGGGGACCUCGCGGCCCGGGGUUGCCCGCCCGCCCGGGGGACCUCGGCGGGCCCCAGUGGCCCGCCCGCCCCCACCGGUGGGGGACCUCGGCGGGCCCAGUGGCCCGCCUCCGCCCGGGGGACCUCGGCGGGCCCAGUGGCCCGCCCGCCCCGGGGACCUCGGCGGGCCCAGUGCCCGCCCGCACCGCCCCGGGACCUCGGCGGGCCCAGUGGCCCGCCCGCCCCGGGGACCUCGGCGGGCCCCCACUGGCCCGCCCGCCCCGACCUCGCGGGCCCAGUGGCCCGCCCGCCCCAGGGGACCCUCGGCGGGCCCAGUGGUGCCCGCCCUCCCGGGGACCUCGGCGGGCCCAGUGGCCCGCGCCCCGGGGACCUCGGCGGGCCCACAGGCCCGCCCCCCUCCCCCCGGGGACCUCGGCGGGCCCCACUGGCUCGCCCGCCCCGGGGACCUCGCGGGCCCACGGGGCCUGCCCGCCCCGGGGUCCUCGGCGUGCCUCCUGGCCUGCCGCCCCGAGGACCUCCGCGUGCCUCCUGGCCCUCCCUGCGGGGAACUGGCUGGGCCUCCGGGCCGCGGGCCCGCCCCGGGGACCCCGACCUCGGCUGGCCUCCGGGCCCGCCCCGCCCCGGGGACCUCGGCGAGCCUCCUGGCCCGCCCGCCCCUGGGACCUCGGCGAUCCUCCUGGCCCGCCCUCCCCGUGGAUCUCGGCGGCCUCCUGGCUCGCUCGCCCCCCUGGGCGGUUUCGGCGGCCUUUGGCCCCCGCCCCCGUCCCUGCAGACACUUACCCUUUGCUUAG